UGGCCGCGGAGUGACACACUGACAUCACGGGGGCGCGGCCGCGCGGCGGGCGGGGGCUGCGCGCUGAAAGGCGGCGGCGCGCGGCCGGAGUCACUCCGGCAGGGCGGCGGGACGGCGCGGAGCGGAGCGGCUGCCGACACUGCCCGGGCUGGGCUCCGCGCCGGGGCCGCCAAUGUGCCUCGGCAAGCAGGCGUUCACCUUGGCCUUAGUAGGGGUUGCGGUUGCACUUUGCCAGAAGGGACUUGCAGCAAGGACCGUGCGGUGAAGCCGAGCGCCGGGACCGGGACCGCAGCCGUGCAUUCCCCCAGCGUGGAGGGAUCGCCCGGGAUUGCUCCAGUCGGAAAAGGGAAAUAACAGCCCGAGCAGGAGCUUCGCCUUCCCCGCGUCCUCUUGGAGACCUCCUUCGCAAGCCCGCCCGCUCCCGCUCCGCGGUGCCCGCGGCUGGCUCGCGCUAAACCGGGACAAGCCGUUGGCUGCAAAGGCUCGAUUUGUUUCCCGUCGCCUCCAGACCGAGAGACUCGCGGCCAAGGGAGAGCCCCUCAUCCCCCGGCGGGCACGGAGGGCUCUGGCUCCGCCGAGGAGCGGGUCUAGGGGAAGGCGGCCGGCCGAAUGCCGGCCCCCGGGAGAGGCGGGCUGCGGCGGGCGGCCGCGCUGGAUUUGCCUCCGCUCGCCGAGUAGGACGUGGAGAUCCCCGAGGGCUUUGCGGGGACGAGGAGGAGCCGGGGCUGCUCCGUGGAUUUGCCGUUACUCCUGACUCCUUGCAAAUAAGAUUUCAGAUGCAUGCCAGGUUCCCACUGAAUGCCAGAAGUAGAGAUCACUACAGAUGGAGCCCCAAAGUCAACAUGGCAGUGGUGGUUCGCUAGUGGCGAUUCAGCAGCCCUCCUUGGACAGCCGGCAACGGUUGGACUAUGAGAGAGAGAGCCAGCCAACAACCAUCUUGUCGCUGGACCAGAUCAAGGCGAUCAGGGGCAGCAACGAAUACACCGAAGGUCCAUCUGUGGUGAAAAAAUCGGGGCCGCGGACAGCGCCGAGGCAAGAGAAGCAUGAAAGGACUCACGAAAUUAUACCGAUUAAUGUGAAUAACAAUUACGAACACAGACUCAGCCACGUGGGGCACGUGGCACAUCAGCAUAACGCGAGGGCUCCCGUCUUGAGCAGAUCAACCAGCACAGGGAGCGCGGCCAGCUCUGGCAGCAACAGCAGUGCUUCCUCGGAGCAAGGGCUGCUGGGGCGGUCGCCUCCGUCCAGGCUGGGCUCGGGCCACAGAUCUGAUCGGACAAUCCGGACGCAGCCCAAGCAGUCGUCUCUGAUUGUAGAUGACCUGAAGGGUCCUUUGAAAGAGGACUUGACGCAGCACAAGUUUAUCUGCGAACAGUGUGGGAAGUGCAAGUGCGGUGAGUGCACGGCCCCGCGGGCCCUCCCUUCUUGCUUGGCCUGCAACCGGCAGUGCUUGUGCUCUGCGGAGAGCAUGGUGGAGUACAGCACCUGCAUGUGUUUGGUCAAAGGGAUCUUCUACCACUGUUCUAACGACGAUGAAGGGGACUCUUACGCGGAUAAUCCCUGCUCUUGUUCCCAGUCACACUGCUGUUCUAGGUACCUGUGCAUGGGAGCCAUGUCCUUGUUUCUGCCUUGCUUGCUCUGCUACCCUCCUGCAAAAGGAUGCCUGAAGCUCUGCCGAGGGUGUUACGACCGCAUCAAUCGUCCGGGUUGCCGAUGCAAGAACUCCAACACGGUCUAUUGUAAACUGGAGAGCUGCCCCUCCCGGGGUCAGGGCAAGCCCUCAUGAUUUUUGGAGGGAGGUUUACUUCCUCCAACUUUCAGUUUUUCAGGUUGUAGCUGAUUUUUUUUCUUCCUUUGUUUUUUUUUUUUUUUCUCCCCCCUUCCCCCAUUUUGGGGGGGGACACAACUGUUCUUUUGCUUUCCUUU